GGUUGUGCGCAAUGUAUGGGCCUUGGCGGUGGAUUUCUAGCAACAGUGUACGACGCCAAAACAGGUCGAGUACGAGUUCUCAACGCGAGGGAACGAGCUCCAGCAGCAACGCAGAAAGACAUGUUCAUGAACGCCUCAUCAACCGUAGGCGGACUGGCUAUAGCCGUGCCCGGCGAACUGAGAGGUUAUGGCGAGCUCCAUCGGGAGUACGGACACCUGCCCUGGGGGGAACUAGUUCGACCAACGGCAGAACUUUGUCGUCAAGGCCACCGCGUCAGCCCAUACAUGGGUCGCGCUUUGAAAACGUACAGCAGCAGGAUCCACGAAGAACCCUCCAUGAGAGAAUUGUACGUCAAUCCGGAGACUGGAGAGGUGUGGAACGAAGGCGAUCUCAUCCGCGAGCCCACGCUGGCGCGAACGCUGGACGUAAUCGCAGAAGAGGGGCCGGAGGCGAUGCACAACGGAUCCCUCACGGCGGUACUGGUCCGCGACAUACGGAAUUUCGGCGGUAUAAUUACAGAAGACGACCUCAGGAACUAUCAGCUCGAGUGGCAAGAGCCUAUUACGGUCCAACUAUCAGAAGAGCACACGCUGUACUCGGUGCCGCUGCCGGGCUCGGGGUCGGUGCUGGCCUUCAUACUGAACAUGUUGCUCGGUUGGGUCGGCGCCGGCAGCAACGUACUGGCCGGCAGCGAGCUGUACUGGCAUCGCAUCGUCGAAACGUUCAAGUACGCGUACGCCAAACGCACAGGCCUCGGCGACCCUUCUCGCUCUAACUCACCGUUUGACAUCAGAGAGCUAGAACGAAAUCUUUCCGAUCCUGCUUGGGCAAGAGAAUUCCGUGAGCAAGUAAAUGACACACAAACUUUCUCCGACUGGAGACACUACGGUGCUUUGUUCGAAGGUGCUGAUGACCACGGAACUGCUCACGUAGUAGUCGUUGCACCUGAUGGCAGUGUCGUUUCUGUUACAAGUACUAUCAACUAUAUUUGGGGCGCUCAAAGACGAUCAACAAGUUUAGGAAUAAUGUUGAACAACGAAAUGGAUGACUUCGCGAUACCUAAUCGCGAAAAUUCUUACGGAAUGCCUCCUUCUCCAGCGAACAUGCUAGCUCCAGGACUACAACCGUUAAGCUCUAUGGUCCCAUGCAUAGUUCUGUCGAGAAAUGGAACUGCAGAAUUGGUCAUUGGCGCCGCUGGGGGUACAAAGAUAACUACACAAAUCGCUUUGGUGGCAAUGCACACGAUGCUUGAAGGUGAAGAGUUUCCCGUUGUCAUACAACAGCCGCGUCUCCAUCAUCAGCUAGUACCAAUGGAAGUUGAACAUGAAGCAGAUUUCGAUGCGAAUAUCAUAUCAUCGCUGCGCAACAAAGGGCACGCGACUACGGCUCUCGGGCCGACAGCGGGAUUCGCCUCGAUGGUCGGGGCCGCUCGUGACGCCGACGGCCUUCUUGUCCCUCAGACCGACCGGAGAAGAGUAGGCAGCGUCGACGGCUUUUAACAUUCCAAAUAAAACAUUGACUGAUAUAGAAUAAAAAAGUUAUAGUUGGCGAAAAUAUAAAUAGGCGUAACAAAUUAUAAAUAUUAGAAGGCACAAAUAAUAAAAAUAAAUUGAGUAUCAAGUUUGAUAUUCUUCUUUAAUGUUUAUAUACUAUUGCUGACGACUACGAUAGCACAUUUUUAUUUAUACAAUAAAUAUUAAAUAUUCCACUACUGGA